AUGGCGCUCAGCUCUCGGGCUCACGCCUUCUCGGUCGAAGCUUUGGUGGGUCGUUCGGCCAAGAGGAAGGUGCCGGAUGCUCAAGACGAGGAGCCCGGGACCGGCUGCAGACAGAGCCGCGGAGCCUCGGAGACGGAAAAGCGGCCCAAGGCCGGUGCCGAGAGCCGGGAGGCGGGGGCAGGGGUGCAGGUGGAGCUGCAGGGCUCCGAGCUCUGGAGGAGGUUCCAUGAGAUCGGCACCGAGAUGAUCAUCACCAAAGCCGGCAGGAGGAUGUUCCCGUCGGUCAGGGUGAAGGUAAAGGGGCUGGAGCCGCUGAAGCAAUAUUAUAUCGCCAUCGACGUCGUCCCGGUAGACUCCAAAAGAUACAGGUACGUCUAUCACAGCUCGCAGUGGAUGGUGGCGGGGAACACGGACCACUCCUGCAUCACCCCACGGCUCUACAUCCACCCCGACUCCCCCUGCUCGGGGGAGACCUGGAUGAGGCAAAUCAUCAGCUUCGACCGGGUGAAGCUCACCAACAACGAGAUGGACGACAAGGGACACAUCAUCCUGCAGUCCAUGCACAAGUACAAGCCCCGCGUCCACGUUAUCGCCCAGGACUCUCGCUUCGAUCUAGCGCAGAUCCAGUCGCUGCCGGCCGAGGGGGUGCAGACCUUCUCCUUCCAGGAGACCGAGUUCACCACAGUCACGGCCUACCAAAACCAGCAGAUCACGAAGCUGAAGAUCGACAGGAAUCCCUUCGCCAAAGGCUUUCGGGAUCCCGGGAGGAACAGGGGGGUCCUGGACGGGCUCCUGGAGACAUACCCGUGGCGGCCGCCCAUCUCCUUGGACUUCAAGGCUUUCGGCGCUGACAGCCAGGGUGGGAGCUCCAGCUCUUCGCCAGUGACUUCCAGCGGUGGGACACCCUCUCCUCUCAACCCCCUGCUCUCUCCACCCUGCUCACCUCCUACAUUUCACUUGUCAGCGAACAACCUCGGCGUGUCAUGCCCCGAGACCUACUUACACAACCUCAGCCUGCCCCUCUACUACAAGAUUUGCCCUACAAGCUUCCUGAGACAACAAUCCCUCCUCUUCCCAAGCCACGAAAAGCUAGGAGGCACCAGCCCACAUCUUUUCCCCCACUUGAUGGUGGAGGUACCAAAACUCUCUUCCCUCGGCAUAACCGACCUGAAAAGCGCUAAAGCCGAAGACUUCAGCCCCGCCAGCCAAAUGCUGUAUGGAUUACAUGCAUCUGGAAGCAUUUUCCCAUCAAGUCCCAUUGCUCGGGAAGCACUUAAUUGUUCCUUACAUCCUCCAUAUGGCUUGUAUGGCUACAACUUCUCUGUGCCAUCCAGACUGAUGAACGCAGCGAGCCCUUUCAAAGUGAGUGACAGCAGCCCAGCAGCCUUGAGAGAUGGCAGAUGCAGUCACUCCAGCUGGCACCCAGCGCUUAACCAGUGCCUCUAG